AUGUCUGAAACGAAGCUAAGAAAUGUUGUCUAUUGUGACGUGUGCUCAUAUCCACCAGAUUACUGCGAGUUCACUGGUAAAUUGAAGAGGUGCAAACUGUGGUUGAAGGAAAAUCAUCCAGAGUUAUUUACCAAGUACUAUGGGGACAGUGACAAAGAAGUAGAUGCAGUGAGCUCUAAACUGGCGGAAUCGAGUAUUGGUGAAGAAAGAGAGGAAAAAUUGGAGAAGGAUCUGAAGAGAUUGCAAACGAAGCAGGAGAAUAAAGAACAGAGAGAAUUAGCAAAGAAGUUGUCAUCCAAGGUGAUUAUUAAGAGAGAAGCAAGGACCAAAAAGAAGUUCAUUCUGGCCAUUUCUGGACUGGAAGUGUUUGAUGUCGACAUGAAGAAACUUGCAAAGACUUUUGCCUCGAAAUUCGCUACUGGGUGCUCUGUCUCGAAGAACGCUGAAAAGAAAGAGGAGAUCGUUCUUCAAGGUGAUGUCCUAGAAGCUGUUGAGAAGUACAUUCAUACUUUACUAGAGGAGAAGGGAUUAAAGGAUGUUAAGGUGGAAACCAUAGAUACCAAGAAGAAGAAGAAGCCUACAGAAACACCAGCACCAGCUAAUUAG